GCCUCCAUUUUGUUGCCUUGUUUGCAGCUAGGAGAAUUGUUGUUGCUGCUGUUGUCUGGGGCGCCGAGAGAAAGAUUUUUCAGCGAUGGACGGCAUCAGUGAUGUUGCGGUUGGUGUUAAGAGAGGGUCAGAUGAGCUGAUGUCCAGCAGCAUGUACAACAGUCCCAACUCUGGGAUGAGCAGUAUCAGUGAUGGCACAUCCAAUGGAAGUGACAGCAAAAAAUUGAGAGUUGAUGAAAGGGUAGGAGAGGCUCCUCCAUCACGUGUUCUUCAUAUCCGGAAACUACCCAGUGAGGUCUCAGAGACUGAGAUCAUUGCCUUAGGAUUGCCCUUUGGAAAGGUCACUAAUAUCCUUACCCUAAAAGGCAAAAACCAGGCAUUCCUCGAGCUAAGCACGGAAGAAGCAGCUAUUACCAUGGUGAACUACUAUUCAGCUGUUACACCGCAUGUUCGAAAUGUCCCAGUUUUCAUUCAGUACUCAAAUCACAAAGAGCUCAAGACUGAGACAAACCAGUCUGGAACACCCACAUCAGGCUCCAGUGACGGAACACUCUCAACACCCAGCAGUCCAGUCUUAAGGAUCAUCAUAGACAACAUGUUCUACCCUGUCACUCUAGAUGUGUUACAGCAGAUCUUCUCAAAGUUUGGCACAGUUAUGAAAAUCAUCACAUUCACAAAGAACAAUCAGUUUCAGGCCUUGCUACAGUACAAUGAUGCAACGAGCGCUCAGCAAGCCAAAGUGGCACUUGAUGGACAGAACAUAUACAACGCUUGCUGUACGCUUCGUAUUGACUACUCCAAGCUUGUCAACCUGAAUGUGAAGUACAACAAUGAUAAGAGCAGGGACUACACUAGACCAGAGCUCCCUGCUGGUGAUGGGCAGCCUGCUGUCGACCCCUCAGUGGCAGCGGCUUUUGGCAAGGACUCGAACUCCCUGCUUGGUAAGAUCCCAGGUGCUCUGAGUCCUCUGAGUGCGGCGGCGGCGGCGGCGGCAGCAGCAGGUCGUGUGGCUCUGUCUGGACACUCGGGUAGUGGAGUACUCCUGGUUAGCAAUCUCAAUGAUGAGAUGGUUACGCCCCAAAGUCUGUUUACCCUCUUCGGGGUGUAUGGUGAUGUGCAGCGUGUGAAGAUACUCUACAACAAAAAAGAUAGUGCACUGAUACAGAUGGCAGAUAUGAAUCAGGCUCAACUUGCGAUGAGUCACCUUAACGGUCAGAAGAUGUAUUCAAAAAUCAUCCGUGUGACCUUGUCCAAGCAUCAGACAGUUCAGUUACCCAGGGAUGGCUUGGAUGAUCAGGGCCUCACUAAGGAUUUUACCAAUUCUCCACUACAUCGUUUUAAGAAGCCUGGCUCCAAAAACUUUCAGAACAUCUUCCCUCCCUCUGCCACCCUGCAUUUGUCAAACAUCCCGCAAGACAUAACUGAAGAUGACCUCAGAGUACUGUUCACUAACUCCGGAGGCACUGUGAAAGCUUUCAAAUUUUUUCAAGAUCGCAAAAUGGCUCUAAUUCAGUUAUCCACAGUUGAAGAGUCCAUUCAAUGCUUGAUUGACCUACACAACUACAACAUGGGUAACAAUCACCAUCUGAGGGUCUCAUUCUCCAAAUCAACAAUUUAAAAGAAGCUGCGAUGUGCUUGAUGUUUUCUAAUGUUACCUGUUGACUGUUUUGGUACACUGGGGACCACAUUUUGACACUUUUUGUUUUCUUUUCCCAAUCAUUCCUUGUAAAAAUGAGUGGAGAUGCUACCAGAUUUAUCUGGUUGGAAUGAAAUGAAUGCAUUUUCCCUGCUCUCAGUCCCCUUUGUAUUACCUCCCCCCAGUGCUUCAUUACAGGAGGUUGAUUCCUCUUCAUCCUGAUUAGUUAAAGAAACAAAGAAUGUGCCUUACUCAACAAACUAUCAAACAUUUUCGCAUCCAGAAAUUUUCAUAAAAGCAAGACGUCCACCACUUAGCAACAUAGGCUUGUUUGUUGUGAAUGUGUUAAUGGUUUGAGAAGUCUUUUUUUGUUUUUUUGUUCCCUUGUGUGAAAUGUACAGUGUGAAAUCUUGCCUCUCCAAGCUCCAGUCCAUGUGUUUGGGUUUUUUGUUUCGUUUUUUUUGGUUAGUUGGUAUUUUGACCAUUUGUCGUUUUGCGUAUAUGAUCAGCUUGGAUUGUGGUUCUUGCUGAAAGAUCCAGUGGCGUGUAUAUAACAGACUAUUCUAGUGCUUAACGGUCACUGCAAUUUUGAGUGCUAGCUUGUAUCCAAGUGAUUUCCAAAAGGAUAUGAUACUGUAUACCAUGUUUUAUUUUUUUGCGUAGUAGGCACUGACCAUGUUAGUACAUAUUGGAUUUUUUUUUUUUUUUUUUUUUUUGGAACAUCCACCAAUUUUCUCUGCAUGACUAGAUAAGUUCAGAGUCUUUGUUUAGAGAGCAGCUGUUGCAUGCAUUUUAAAGCUAACAAACAUGAGCCUGAAGUUUGACGUGAGCAAGUACGCAGAAUAUGGACAACCUGGUGGGACCAAAGUUUGUGCCUUUAGUCUUAAUUUCCUGAGCAUUCAUAUUUUUAGAAAGUUCCCUAUUUUUUACCUCCCAGAAGCAAAACUUGGAAACAUGAUGUUUAUCUGGUAUGGAAAAAUGUAACAGUUAACAAGAGAUAUAAUCCAUUUGCUGCCAAAGCUCUAUGGUUGUAUUUCUUACCUGACUGGACUGUACAUUUUUAACAUGGUUAAGAAAAUCUGUAUAGUUUCUUUUUUUGUUUUUUAUUUUAUACAUCUUUAAAAAACAAAGUGCAGUUUGGAUGUCGCACAAUUAAAAGAUUGUUUUUUUCUAA